ACUGACUGUUGUACAAAGCGUCUACAAAGUAAUCACCGCUUAAUUUUCUACUUCAUUUUAUGUUAUUCCAUCUUGUAUUUAAUAAUCUACUUCCUCAAACUUAUACACACAGACAUCUCAGUAUGACAAUGUGGGAAAAGGGUUUUGAGAUUUUUGCAAAUUAAUUAAAAACAGAAAACCAAGUAAACCAACAUACCUAAGUAUUCACAGCCUUUGUUUAAUACUUUGUUGAUGCACAUUUAACAACAAUUACAGACUCAACUCUUUCCGAAUAUGCUGCAACCUGCUUAGCUCAACUAUCUUUAGGCAGUUUCACCCAUUUUUCUUUGCAGUUCUUAAGCUCCAACAGGUUGGAUGGGAGAUGUCUGUGUUUUCUGAUCUCUCCAAAGAUGUUCAAUGAAAUUCUAGUCUGGACUCUUCACUCCAGAACGUUCACACAGUGGUUCUGAAGCCACUCCUUUGAGAUCUUGGUCAUAUGUUUUGGGUCGUUGUCCUGCUGAAAAAUUAAUUAUUGCCCCAGUGUAAGGUCAAGGUGCUCUGGAGCAAGUUCACAUCCAGAAUGUUUCUGUACAUUCAUCUUUCCCUCUUCCUCACUAGUCUGCCAGUUUCUACUGUUGCAAAAAAAAAAAUUAAAAUCCAAUAGCAUGAUGCUGCCACCACCAUGCUUCACUGUAGGAAUGGUGUUGGCCUGGUUUUCUUCAAACUUGAUGGCUGGCAAAUACACCACAGAGUUCAAUCUUUGUCUCAGGUGCCUGUUGGCAAACUCCAGACAGGCUGCCAUGUGCUUUUUUAUUAAAAAGUGGCUUUUAUCUGGCAAAGCUAUCAUACUGAUUGGUCAAAUAUUUAUGUUAAUGUGAUUUCUUGAUUCCCUAUUUUCAAUAAAUUUGCAAAAAGCCCCCCCAAAAAAUAUCCACAUUGUCAUAACAGGGUAUUUGUAUGUAUAAUUUAAAACUAGUUUGGACAAGACUGUAACUUAACAAAAUGUGGAAUUAGCAAAGGGUUGCAAAUAUUUUCCGGAUGCACUGUUAUUAUUGCUAUUCAUUUUAAACACAAUGAGUGACAUGGUGGUGCAGUUGUCAGCAUUGGGGCCUUGCAGGAAGAAGGUUUUGGAUUUAAUUGAUAGUCUGGAGUUAUUCAGCAAAAAAAUAACAUAUUUUCUUGUGAAUGAUUUUUCUCCAGGUACUCCAGCUUCCUGCCAAAGUUGAUUUUCGGAGUGUGUCCAUGAAUGGUUAUUUGUCUUUUUGUUGUCCUGUGAUGGAUGGAUGUAUGGAUGGAUGAAUAGACAGCCAGUCGUCCAUAACAUUGUGAACUAUCUAAAUAUCUAAAGUUUUGCCAGUGACUGCCUUAUUUGCUGUGGAUGACAUAUUCUGUUUUUUUAUUUACAAACAGUUGUGAAAACUAACUAUCUUUGUGCUUAUAAUGCUUUACAGUAUCACAGCAGACCACAGAGACACACAACACAAAGCUGUUCCCUACAGAACUACCUUGUGCAACUUUUUGCUUAAGUUUGAACAAAAAUGCUCCUCACAAUGUCGCAGCAAUAUUGGAGUUGAGCAAAGACUUUAAAGGAUUGUUUACACCUUUCCAUCUACAUUUGGGCCCAACUAAUUUGUAUUUACACUAAAACAAACACACAAUCUACCUGGGAAAUUAUUAACUAUUUCAUACAACUCAUUUAAAAACAAAAAAUCCUGAUCUAUCCCUUUAAGAGCUGACUCUAGCACUGACAUGGGGGGGGAGGAGGACAGAAGGCGGCGGGGGUUGGUUGGGGGAGGUUUGUGUGCCUUUGUCUAUUCCUUGCCCCCCCAGCGGUAAAAUGCAAUGACCGCUCCUGCUCACUUGACCUGUCAAAUUCACUGUGGGCUCGGAUACAAAUGCCGUCCAGUACGCAUGCGCAGUGCGCAGUAUUCCGCGCCUUCUGCAGGAGCGGUAUGAGCUCCAGGGCUCGGUGAUCUUCCUCCUGGCACAGCAUCACGUUUGUUCAGUACAGAGCCCAGCUGCCACAGUCGCGGUGCUUCCCCAGAGAGACCAGGCUUCGCAUGGCUAGAUGUCUGCCGAGCCCAUUACUCCUCUCCCUCGCUGCCUUCGUGGUUGUUUUUCGACAGAAAACUCUCCUUUCCGAGUAGCUGAAAUCCCAAGAGCUUGACCAGAAGACCACGCUUUGCAUUGUGACAUUUCACCGCCACAAUGCUGGGGUUGCAGGGAAAUUCUUCAACGCCCAAAGUGUAUCGCUGCAUGGCAUGUUCAGACACCUUCAAUGGAUUAGCCUCCCUUCUGGUACAUCAGGCUACUCAUGCGACUACUGAGCCCAAGAGCUCUACCGCCCCUCCAGCACGACCUAACAGUGUGGUGGAAAGCCAGGUUACGAAUGAUGUCCCAGCUACAGGAAAGCCUGCUUCAUUGGCUCAUCUGCCUGACAGCCCUGCAAAUUCUUUCUACAUUUGUGAUUGUGGGGACGAAUUUCUAGACUUCCAUCUCAUGCUGGAGCAUAAACGUUCACAUGUCCGUCAGCGACAGCAGUCUGUGGAGGAUAAUGUUUCCCUGCCUGGUGGAACGGAGAAUAAUCAUGUCUUUUCAGCCCAACAGACAUCAUUCGCCCCCGUUCUAGAGGCAGGUUUAGACCUCAGCUCCCCCUCCACUUCCAAGUCCUCAGGCUCUGAGGUACCCACAUCAAAUACACUUUCAAGAGAUGUGGCCUUGGAAGACAGCGUUGCCAUGGUAACCCCUCCUCAUGGCCAGCACACACCCCCUCAAGAUGUCAGUGUGAAACCAAUUGAGGGCAUGUCUACCACAGGAGAGCCUUUGCCAGAGAGCACAGAAGACAUGGAUUUGGAGGAGAACACCAAUUCUGUCUCGCUCUCUGAUCAGCUGGAAAAUGUGCAAAAAAACAACAUCCUCAUGAAGCUGCUGGCUUCUGCGUAUCAGAACCGCUUGCCGUCUUCCGAUUCUGAGAAUGAAAGCAAACACAACGUCAUCCCAAAGCAAGAAGACAUUCCUAUCGAUAUAAGCCCAGUAGCUAAAGCCGAAGCGUCUCAGAACAACGAUCUCUCCAUUGUCCAGAUGAGGCGACUGCUUGUUAAACCUGGAAUAAAGACAAAGGCCCCACCCAUCAGCAAGGUUCUGGCUGCAAGUAGGAAGAGAGUUGUCUCUCUUACUAAGACUAUGUCUCCUGUUGUGGUUCUGGAGACCCGCCAAAAGCUCAUGGAUCCAACUUUAAAAGGGCUUUAUGGAAGAUAUCAAUGCGGCCGCUGUCGUAAGGUCUUUCCAAACUUGGACAGAUUGACGGAGCAUCAUUUUUUGCACAAAAAAGAAAGGAUUAAAUGUUGCCGCCGUUGCAAACAGCUCAUUAUUGGACGACUGCCUUUUUCCGACAAUCACGUCUGCAUUCAGAUGAGAAACAACUGGCCAGCAAAGAAUCUUCAAAACAAAUCGCCCUUUGGCUCCAAAAUUGUGCCAUUUCAUAGUCUGAGCAACGCCAAAAAGGUUUACUUCUGUCCAUUGUGCAAAAACAGCUAUGCUCGAAGGUGGAACCUUAAAACACACAGGUGUCACGGUGCUGGGUCGGGCUUCCAGGGUGAGGUGAGUACUUCGUCAACGCUGAGAUCAAAACUUGGUGCCCAGAUGGCAAGAGUCGAGGAUGCAAAUGUAAGGUUGAAGACAGUCUGUGUGGGAACUGACGCUGGUGCUCACAUCAAAGUUGAGGGAACUUCUCAAGAUUCAGGGAUGUCUGCAAUUUCACAGUUUGCUUGGAUGCCUCCUGCAAAAACUUUCCCCCCGUUUUCCUUAAAAGCCUCCAUGAUCGAUUCACUUCAGGACCCUUCACUGGCUUCCCUCGAGGAAGAAGAUGAAAACUGGAAAAUGGUGGAGAGUAACGGGGAAAAUGUCAAUGAGGGGCAGUGGACAAUUCCCUUAGACGAUGAGAUUCAGGUAUUCAGUUCCACCAACAAACUUGUCAACAACAGACACCUGACUCAGUCUGGAUCUGUCGAACACACAGAGAUACCCCCCCAUGCACUGCCCUACUUUGUCAGAGAAGGAGUAAGGCGUUACCCUUGUAGCAGGUGUCACAAAACCUACAGUAAAGCGUCAACUUUGAGACGCCACCUGCUACUGUGUGGAGUUAGGCCACCUGGGUUUGGGACUGUAGCUCAGAGUCAGCCUCACCGUGCCACACCUCUAAACACCACUAACACGAAACCAAUGUUUUCUUGCUUUGUCUGUGGGAGGGCCUUCAACCGCAAAGACAACAUGAUGACCCACAGGAAGAGAUGUCAGCUGAAGCGAACAAUGUCUGGUCUGGAUGGAGGGACCAUGCUGCAGGACUUGCAAGGCGAUGCGCCAGCUGAUGGUCAGAUCCAGGAGGAGAACAGUGCCGGAAAUUGGGGCAUCAUGUCUCUGCCAUCUGUGCUCCCAAGGAGGGUGACAUGCGAGUGUGGGGUGGGAUUUACAUCCCCGAGGCUUCUCCUGGAGCAUCUACAGAAGCAUGCACAAGAGUCUUACACAUGCCCAACCUGCGGAGAGACCGUUAAUUCCUGGGCUGAUUAUGAAGUUCACCUGCAAAUCCACAUGCAUCCUCAGCACAAACUGGCAAAGGGACACCGAUCACAGCCUCUUUUACUGAGACUGCAGCAGCCACAGCCCACCCAGUCAGUGCUUCCACCACCGCAAAAACCAACACGCUCAGAGCCAUCCCAACAUCUACACCUGCUCUCUGUAAAAAAGGGGCAGCGGAUUGUGUGCACCCGGUGCGGGAAUAGUUUUGCCACCCGCUGUUCCCUUCGUAGGCACAUAUCCUGGAAUCGCUGCAAAGGCAUGCGGGCCAUAAACCCCCCCACAAAUCCACCCAAAACCUUCCACUGCUCUCACUGCAACUCUGACUUCCCCAAUAGCAUCAGCCUUGUGUUCCACCAGAGGAACGGAGCAUGCAAACCUGCCAUCAAGCCCGUCCGCUGCCCUGUUUGUCUUCGCUGGUUCGGCACUAUGGACAGUCUGCAGAAACACCUGGUCACUCACAAGCAGUCCGACUCGUUCCGCUGCGACGUGUGUCAGGGAACGUACCGGAGCCUCAAGUCACUCAAGAAUCACCGUAGGAGGAUUCAUCGCAUUCUGAUCGGACACCCAAAGUCAACAGCGGUCGAUGCGCUGACUGCCAAAUGCCAUCUGGAUUUAACUGACUGAAGGUCACUCAUGAAAAUUGUGUGUAUAAAACCAGAGUUCAUUUUUAUUAUUUUUUAUUCCUUUCAUAAUUUCAUAUAAUUUUCACUUUGCAGAGUCUAAGGCACUGGGGGGCAAAUUCGUAAGCUGUUUUAGAAAAACUUUAGAAGUUCUUUUAGCUUGCCGCUGGUUAUAAAUUAGCUUUGUCACAGUGUACAUUUUAGGUUUGAAUUUAAUCCCUGCCAUUCAUUAGCCUUUUGAGUCUGUAAAAUAUUCCAUAACUACUUAAUAAUCAAAAUUCGUUUACAUGUUUGGUGAUGUAGCUUCUUGUUCUUGAUGUUAGUAAACAUACAAGGGUGUGCAACGUCUUGAGUGUGUUUUGGUUUAGUUCUGAUACAUUGAUUUAAGGUUAAAAAAAAAAAAUUAUGAAAUUUUUUUGAAUAUUUCUAAAAAUGUAAGUUAAAUCCAUGAAAUUUGACAUGACUUAUGCACUUCAUAGCACACUACAGCAAUUAAUAGAAGCUUCACACUUAAACUCAGUAUAACCCACGUAGGGUAACAGGUCUUAAGUGUAAAUUUGCAUUUCAAGCCAUGUAUUUUGAUUUUGAUUUUUUUUUUUCUUCCCCUCAAGGUUUGUAUCCUUAAAAUGUGUGGAGCGGUAAUAAAGAUGCAUCAGAAAAGACAAAUGUACUUCACCGUCUUCAUUACAAAGUGUCAGGUCUUUAAAUUAGAAAUUUGUAGAUGGAAUAAUUCAUGUUUUGAAUAGUUAAAAAUGUGGUUUAGGAAAUUAAUGUGAAACACUAAACAUGCUCAGUCUCGGUUGCAAAAUUAGAAGCCAAACGUGUGUUAACUUAUCAAAAUUUGUAAUUUGUGUUGAACAUGCCUUUAACAGUAAGUCCCCUGAAUGUUGCCUGUACUAAAAACGUAUAUUUGGGUGAGAUGAAAAAUUAAAUUGUCUGGUAUUUGUUGCAAUGUAAUUUACAUACAUUCAAACUAUAUUUUUACACAGUUUUGUGUGAUAGGAAAACACCUUACUGAGCUCUGGAAGUAAAAUUUUGUUUUUUUGUUUAGGUUGUGUUGCCUUAAGAUUAAAUGGAACACACAUUGGAACAUUAUUUAGAAAGCAUUCAUGUUAGGUUUUGUAUGAAAACCAGUGAUUUAUUCGUCUGCUUUAGCAUGCUGGGAUAAGUGUUUACUAAAAAAAAUUCACUCGUAAAAUACCAUCCUAUGCAGAUGUAUUGGUCAAGUGAAUGUGUUAACCAGAAUAAAACUUAAUUCAA